AUGGCUUCUCUGACCAAUGAAGCAGCCAGUUCUUCAUCUUCUUCUCUCCCACAUUCUUCUACUGAUCACCAAAAUCAUUACACAUACGAGGUGUUUCUGAGUUUUCGAGGCGAGGAUACGCGCUUUAAUUUUACAGAUCAUUUGCACACUACUACAAUAUUAAGCAACAGCAACGCUUUGAUGGGCACGAUUGCAAACAAGCGUGGGUACUUUCACUGUUUGAGUGGAAUCGGUGAGAUGAUGUCCACAAUCGUGGCUAUCGACCUCUCUUUCUUCGCUCUCCUCCCUUCUCUCUUCUCCCUCGUCAGUCCAUCACUUGCAUCUGCUUCUCUCCUCCUUGCACUCAAUUGA